AAAAGCAAAAGUAAAAAGUUUUUGUUUUUAUUGUAAUAUUUUAUUGAGAUAAGUGAUUUAAUAUUUUUUGUUACAUAUGUCAUAUCCCACAACUGGUGUCAGUUGGAUUGAUCAUUUCUAUUUGCAACUAAUAUUUAACCUCCAAAAGAUAAAAAUUAACAACUUUAUCAACUUCGCUGUGAUAAUGAAUAACCGGCUAUGUAAGUCUAAUAUUGGUGAUAAUUCAACACACACAUCGAAGUCGCAUGUAUGCUAUUUGAUGUCGCACAGUUGAAAUAAAUGUGAAGUCUAAAGUGCAUUCUGAGCAAAGGUCAUUUUAUAUAAGCUUGCUGGCCUGUUGCUCGUUUAAAACAAUGUCUGUAAAGGCUAAAUUAUUAAAAACUUUAAUACUCGGUGCACCAGCAUCCGGAAAGGGGACUAUUUCAUCCCGAAUUGUGAAAAAAUACAACAUAGAGCAUAUAUCAAGUGGUGAUAAAUUAAGGGAUCACAUAGAAAAACAAACUGAGCUUGGAAAAGAAGUUAAAAAGUAUUUGAAUGAAGGUAAAUUAGUGCCAGAUGAUGUAAUAAUUAAAUUUAUGAUUGCUGAAUUAAAACAGAACAGUGAUAAGCCAUGGUUAUUGGAUGGUUUUCCAAGGACAGUUGCUCAAGCAAAUGCUCUAUGGAAAGUGCAACCUGUAGAUGUAGUUUUAAAUCUGGAAGUUCCAUUUGAAGUAAUAAUAGAGAGGGUGAAGAAUCGUUGGGUGCAUUUGCCAUCGGGCAGGGUUUAUAAUAUAGGUUUUAAUACACCAAAAGUGAUGGGGAAGGAUGAUGUAACUGGUGAAGACUUAAUUCAGCGGCCGGAUGACAAACCAGAAGCUGUUCUGAAACGACUGGAAAUAUAUAAAAGUGUGACGCAACCUGUUAUCAAUUUUUAUAAAGAUAAAGGUAUAUUAAAAAAUUUUGAAGGCCGCACAUCUGAUGAAAUAUGGCCAAAGGUAACAUCAUAUUUAGAUCCAAUAUUUAAAAAUUAAUCUUAAGUAGUUAAGGAUGUUAUUGUUUUUAAAAUAGAUUUUAUAGUGGUUGUAUAUUUUAUAGUGCCUUUUUGAUGUGUUAUACUGAAAAAAUUUUGAAUAGAUUUUGGUGUUAGAUGUAUAUUAUAAUUGUAGAAAAGUAAGUAUUAAAUAUGUCACAAAUAUUUUUAAGCUCAAAUGAGACAAUCGGACAGUGAAAUAAUGUCUUCCAAAUACUGCAUAUUAACAGUUUACAUUUCUAGUCAAUUAUCACUUUGGUAUCUGUAACCCUUAACUUGGUAGUGUCCAGAGUGACAAACAACUAAUUUAAAGAAAUCUUGAACUAGUUGAUUUCAAAUUCAAAAAUAUGAUAUUAUUAAAAAAUCAGUUGAUAUUGUUGCAAAAAACUACAUCUAAUUAAGGGUAAAAAAAUGUACUUGACAAGUCCUGGAUUAUGUACUUUAUUUUUGCACUUGUAUGAAAGAAAGUGUAACAUUUUUGUUUGUUGUUGUAAAAAUUUGAUAUUGGCAGUGCUUCAAUUAAAAUAAAAGUUACAAGAAAAUAAUAUCAAUGUGGUUUGUUAUUAAAAUAAAAUAUUACUCACUAGUCAUUGAAAUGCAAUAUUAGUUUAUUGAUGUUUUCAUUACUGUUUGUCUUAAUGUGUAUUAUAGUUAUUGAGAAAAGAAUUUUUUUAUUUAAAAAAUAUUAAAAUCGCAAAUAAUAUAUAUGUAUUCCUGUUAGUUAUUGUGAUGCAAUGUUAACUUUUUUAUAUUUAUUAUAAUAUUAUAUAUUACAAUUAUUUAAAAUUACCAUUGCAUAAUAUAGCUUACAAUUAGUGACACACUUUGUUAAACUAAGUUGAGAAAUAGCGCCAUCUUAGAAAAAGUAAUCAAAAUUCUUGUUCAUACAUGUUAAUUUUAAGUAAAUAAAGUUAGUAGCAGCUUUUCUAUUAAGCUAUUUUUGUCUGUACUUAACUUUUAUGUUUAAACUGAAUUAAAAAUAUUGAGACAGAAUUCUUUUGAAUUUAAUUAAUUUUAAU